GGAUGCAACCUAAGGUGAUAAGAUCACUGAAGAAAGCCAUGCAACCUGCUGUGACAGAUGUUCAAAUUUCUGUCUCUGCUUCAAACAAUAUAACAGUAAAUGUAGUUCCAAAAGAAAGGCUUCCACCUAUUUUUAUUGGUGAAUGUCUUAUUGUAUAUGCAAUUCUUCAUGACAAGUCACCAUCCUCAUCACCUCAAGAAGGAAAAAUACUCCUUAGUGGUGAUUUACUUGGAGCUAAAGUAGAGCAUAAGAUGAAGUUUCCAAUCAAACCAGCAGUGAAAAAAGAGACUGCUUCCCAAGUGUCAACUAUUCACCACCUUGCAGCCAAGAAGUUGAUAAAAGAAUUGGAAUUGCAUGGUGGAAAUAAGGCAGGGAUAAUCCAGCUAAGUUGUGACUCCAAUGUUAUAUCAUCACAAACUGCAUUUAUUGCCAUUGAUCAAGAUAGAAAACGAGCAGUUAAAGGAAGUUUGCACAGUUGGGAUUUAAUGCCUCAGGAGGAGGAACAGUUCAUGUUGAUGAAGGCUUGUGACAGUUUAUCUAGCAAGAAAAGUAGUAAAAAAAGGACCGGAAGACUUAAAUUAUCAAUGGGCAGGAGUUCUAAAUCAGCUCUUAAGGGUCGAAGUUUAUCAUACGAGGCUAAAUUUAGAGGUUUUGCUGAUAAUGGUUUAGAACAUCAAAGUUUAGGGAAUGUUAAACAUAACAGAGAUUCAAGUAAUCCACUUUCACAGAUAAUCAAUCUUCAGCUAGCAAAUGGUGCAUGGGAAUUGAAGUCAGCAAUAGCAAAUAUGGUUGGUAAAUCAUUUAAGGAUUUAAAAGAUGCCUGUCCAGUGCCAUGCAAUGGAAAUAUGAUGACAAUAUGGGCAACAUGUAUUGUUUUGGCAUACCUGGACCUUCAAUUAUCCACUGUUAAAGAUGAAUGGGAGUUGGUUGGUAUGAAAGCAAAAUCUUGGCUUAUGAUGCAAGUUCUACCACAAGGAUGUUCCUAUGAAGAUUUGCAUGAAAAAGCAAACCAAUUUCUUUGUGAUAAUAACAAACAUGAGAACGAGUAACUUUGUCAGAGAUUGAAUCAAUACUUGACGAUUUUCUUUAUAGUCUACACAUGCUUAUAUUAUGGGUUUCAUGUAGAAAUUACUAUAGAGUGGAAUGACAUUGGUAAUCUUUGACAAAAAUGUAUCGCACUUCAGAGUGUUUUGUCAUGUUAAGAAAACAGCAUAAAGUUUUUUUGUAUACGAAAUCACGAAACUACGAGUCUAUAAAAAAUGUUUUAAGAAUAUGACUCAAUUUAAGCUCGGAGGAGCAAAAUAAAUAAAAUAUAACUUUGAGUACUUUAA